AUGACUGCAGCCGCAGCAUCGGUCAUCCAAGUGGGGGCGUCAGAUGGAGGGCUGUCGUCUUGCCUGUCCAUCUCCCGGGUCAAGACCGAACUCAUUACAUACAUGAAAGACAAGUUGAGCAUGGAAUCGCUUCAGGAUUUCUUUCUCUACGUUGCCAAAGAUGCUUGGGAAAGCGAGUUGGAAAAGAAGGUCAUUGAUCCUGCGGUCACAGCGACGGUGAUCACCGAGGCCAUGAAACCUAGUCAGCUGGCUCGGGUACGCUUGGCGUGGCAAAGCGCCCGCAAGGUGUUGGAAGUUGCAGAUCUCCAACCAGCAUCCAGUUCCCAGGAUGAACCUCUGCCGGACAAUAUCCGCCAGAUGCUUGAUCAAAAGUGGAAAUCGAAAUACCCGGAUGUCCAGCUGGACCCUGCUCUCAUGGGGGCCUCUGCCAUCGUCCACAGGCUCUAUCGAGAGUGGGUUCAAGGUCAAGUCACAACUGUUCUUGAUUUGCAGAAAAUGCGCACAGCUUUGGCAGAGAGAUUCCAGGGAGAUAAAUUAUUGCUCUUGGUGAUGCCACCCUUACUGUCACGGAUCAUGGCACAGGGGGUGCACGUAGAGUCCAAGAGCACUCCGGGAACUAAGGUGAUGGCCAUGCCCUAUGGUCAGGCCCUUGCGUAUUCGGACACCGUCCUUCGCAAGAGCAUCGAAGUCCCGGAGGAGGCGCAGCUGGGGUGGAUGGUGAAGAAUGACCAGCUAACAAGAUCUCGCAUGGCGUCUCAUCAGCUUCAGGGAUGGCCACCGUGUGAAGCUCUGCAGAGGGCCCUAUCCGAGACGGUUGAGUGGGCAAUCAUUCCAACUUCAUCGUCUUCGCGUCUGCAAGGACCGGGCCACCGACCCCUUGAUCAACUUGAUCGCCCUGUGGCGGAGAAGAGAUCCUUGGACACUGCCCGAGAUACCUCGGCUCCGAAGCCGCCAAAGGGUGCGCCACCUGCGCGUGGGUGGGUGAGCAAUGCCCAGAUGGUUGGCACCUUUGUGACCGUAAGCUCUCCAAUGGCCGAGGGUGUGGAGGCAAACACAGGUACCCUCUUUGCGUGCUUGGCACUGGGGCUGCGCGUCUUUGCAGUGUCUAUAGAGCAGGAUCCAGAGGCAGCAGAGAGGGCGGCUCACAGCUUUCCCAACUUGGUCACCAUGCAGUACGUGGAGGCAGCUUUUCAUCCCACCCUGCCCACCCUUUACUUCUACGUGAGGGUAUGGCCGUGCUUGAUAGUGUCCUACUACAAGCUUGCUGGAGUCACGUGGAAGUGUCACUCCAGAUACGUUCUUCGGAUUCCGGCCUCCGGCGAGUCUCCAUUCGAACGG